AUGUCAGAUCUUCGUUGUUUGCCUAAGCUUUCUUUUGGAGAUAUCGAAAAUUAUAUUAGACAGAAAUUAAAUGAAAUUUGUGAUGGUUACGAAACAAAUGAUAUUCAAAAUUCUAUGAUUGUUGUUACACCUAUGGCAACAGAAAUAAGAGUAACAUCAAAUGUCAAACAUUCUACGUCAAAAAAGAAUGUAUGCUCAAUUAAAAUUAUUUCUAAAGACUUAACUGUAUCAGAUCUCAAAGGUGUAACAGCAAAUUGUGAUUGUAAAUAUGGUAAUAGUGAAUUUUGCAGCCAUGUUUGUUCCGUUCUUUAUCGUCUCGCGUCAUAUCAACUGUUAAAAUAUGAUUAUAUUCCUGAUUCGGAUUUCUCAACUACUAUUACUCAUGGAGAGCUCCAGAACCUACUAACAUGGCCAAUUUGUCUGCAAGCGAAACGACAAAAUCGAUCUUCUGAAUUAAAUAUACCAUUUGCAACUAUAUUAGAUCAUGCUCUACAGCAACAACAGUUAGCACUGGUCAAUACUAAAUUUGGACCUACAUAUUCUAUAAGUGCUUUAGCACUACAACAGUACAAUGAACUUGGUAAAGAGUACACAUUUUGCAUUGAUGAUUAUGAACAACCAACAUAUCCAAAAAAUAUGGACUAUCCACCAUUUCCACUUCAACCGUUACCAUCAUUAGAAGAAUUAAAAUUAAGCCAUACAAAUGUUUGGUGGCCAUUGGAUAUUGUUCUUACUGACAGUGAUUGUGUUUCAUUAGAAGCUCAAACUGUUACUCAACGAGCAAAUCAAAUGUGGCGUGACGCCCACUCGAAAAGACUAUCAGCUUCUCAAGUAGGACAU